UUCAGUAUUUGGUAUUUGCAGCCAUGGGAUCAAAGCAGGUGCUAAUUAAGCUUUUGGCGGUGGUUGCUGCGUUUGGUUGUUUCUGGGAUGCUGCGUCGUCAACUCCUUGGGCUCAUGCAGCUCUGAAGCCCAUGGCCUUCCAAAGGUCUGCAGUGCUGCAACCCAGGGACUUCCAGAACCAGAGAUCUGCAGUGCUGCAUCCCAGGAAGCAGGAUUCAGUGUUCCAGUCAAAACAAGUCUUUGAAACCCCGCUGACCUGGACGUUUCCUCAUAAUCCAGUGCUAGAGGCCAAGCCUGAAGUGAAGAAUUUUGAGCUGAAGCAGCCUGUCCCUGCCAACACGGUGCAGGUCAAAUGCGGGGAGAAUCUGGUCCAGGUGGAGGUCAAGCAGGAUCUGUUUGGUAUCGGCCAACUUAUCCAGCCGGCUGAUCUCACCCUGGGGGGCUGUGCUGCAGCUGGGGAGGAUGUCGAAGCCCAAAGGCUGAUCUUCGAGUCGGAGCUGCAGGGAUGUGGCAGUACACUGAAGAUGCUAGAGGAUACCUUCAUCUAUACCUUCCACCUGCUCUACAAACCAAGUCAUAUUGGUGACACCCCUGUUGUAAGGACCACUGAGGCUGUUGUAGGCAUUGAGUGCCACUACAAGAGGAAACUCAAUGUGAGCAGCAAUGCCUUGAAGCCUACCUGGACCCUCUUUGCAGACUCUAAAUUAGUUGAGGCGCAACUCUACUUUUCUCUCAAGCUCAUGACUGAUGACUGGCAGAUUGAGAGGCCCUCCAGUCAGUACUUCCUAGGUGACCUGAUUCGCAUGGAAGCCUCUGUCCUGGAGUACCACCAUGUGCCUCUGCGGAUCUUUGUUGAAAGCUGUGUUGCCACUCUGGUGCCUGACAUUAACUCAAAGCCCAGAUACUCCUUCAUUGAGAAUGACGGGUGUCUAGUUGAUGCUGUGUUGAUGGGCUCUAGUUCCCAGUUCCUGCCUCGCUCACAGGACCACAAGCUUCAGAUCCAGCUGGAGACCUUCAUAUUCAAACAGCAGUAUGCUGGCCCUGGAAGCAACAGCAGAACUAGCCAGAAAACAAUGGACAUGAUCUAUAUAACCUGCCACCUGAAGGCCACUGCAGCUUCCUCCCCAACUUAUGCUGAGGGCAAGGCCUGUUCCUUUGUCAAUGGGUGGAGGUCUGCAGACGGGGAUGACCAGGUGUGUGGUUGCUGUGACACCACCUGUACCAUGAGAAGGGCCAGAGCUAUUUCCAUGGACGCUGAUGUGCAGUGGGAAGCUGACGCUGUCCUUGGCCCCAUAUCCAUCCAGUAGUAUCUUGUGUUGACGUGAUCCACCUGAAUCAUGACAGUAAAUAGGCUAUAGAGAAAUAAACAACUUAAUGGCUGUAGUUUCUCUUGGUUUGUCAGUGUAGUAGACUACUAUUUUUGGUCUCUGUAGUAUCAUUAUAGACCAAGUUCACAUUGGGUUUAUUGGCUCCUCAACUGGGGUUUGGUUAAAUUGACAGCAACUUUCCUGUUGCAGAAAAGUGACACUUAGGAGUUAGUUUGAAAGGUAGGGUUAUCUAUGCGCUUGACAUUUGCUUGCUUUUGUAAGGAACCUUGUUUAAAUGCCCAUGUGACAACAAAUACAUUGUCUCUAUUGCUUGUGUGGGAAGACACUGUCCUGCCAGAAGUGAUUUAAUAAACCAAGUGGCCUCCACUCA